AAAAUCCUUCUCGUGUCCAAACAUUAACCGUUGUUUGAUAACAUAGUGUAUAGUGAUAAGGCUGAAAAUAAUUCAAACUACUUCUCAGUAUCUCAAUUCUCAUACAUUAAUACAUUAUAAUUGAAUCAUCAAGAACAAUAACAAAAUUAUAAUAAAUCAAUGCCAUUCUAUCCAAACAGGAUAGUUAAUAGUAUUUGAGUGUACUAAUGAAGGUAAAUUUUAAUCAAUUUUUGCUCUAAAUAAAAAUUACAAGUAAUUAUUUAAUAAUUCAUUUUGUAAGUAAAUUUGUAAGUAAUUUUAUUUUGUUAUUCACCUAGAAACUAUUAAAACUUGAAAACACUAGUGGAACCGGUGAAACACACAUAGCAUGGCAAAAAGGAAGUGGUACUUACUUGGCUGUAACAGGUUCAGAUCAAUUUAUUGGAAUUUACACUCGCAAUGGAAAACUAAUUGAAAAAAUUAAAAUUUUAGGGUAUAGUUUUUUUUAUUAUACAUUUUAAAAUACAUACUUUUUCAUAACUAAACAGUUAAUUAUACAUACCCAAUAUAUCAGAUGUACUAAACAAAUUAAUUGUUUUGUUUUUUUAUCUUUUAGAAUAUGUACUGGUUUAGCAUGGGAUCGUGACGGUGAUUUAUUAGGUAUUAUUUGUGAUGGAUCUUCAACUUUAAUGCUAUGGGAAGCUAAUUCAUCAAAAACUGAACAAAUUAAUCCUGUUUUUAAAGAUAACCUAACAUGUAUAUUAUGGUCCAAAGUUAGUCAAACGGUUGCUGUAACUUCUGCUAAAGGAAACCUAACAAUAUAUGACUAUGUUACUACAAAGUAAGACUAAUUCAAUAAUAUUAUCACUUAUUUGAUUUCAAUGUUUUAUUAUAUUUGAUGAUGAUUUUUAGACGAACACCAGUUUUAGGAAAACAUACUAGAAGUAUAACAUGUGGUGAAUGGAAUAGAGAUAAUGUAUUAGCUUUAGGAUCCCAAGACCAAACCGUGUCUAUAAACAACAUAGAAGGUGAUACAUUAAAAAUUAUAUCUUUACGUGGUGAACCAUCUAAAAUAGCAUUCUCAAAAAUGAAGUCUGACCGUAGAAAACAUUCUGAGGAAACAGUAAAUUAUAUUUCAUUAAAAGUUAUAAAGUUAUUUUACAAUUUUUUGUUGCUUCAUUUAGGUAAGUGUUUUAGUGAGCAAUAAAACCUUGUACCUUAUUGAUUUACAAGACACUGACAAUCCAUUUGAAUUGGCAUUUAAUUUAAAAUAUGGAUCAAUAGUUACUUACCAUUGGUAUGGCGAUGGAUAUAUUUUAAUUGGUUUUAGUGAAGGCUAUUUAAUUUCGAUAUCAACCCAUCCUAAAGAAGUAGGUAAAGAACUUUUUCAAGUAAGAAAUCACAAAGAAAUGUUAUCAGAUGUUGGUUUAUCUAAAAUUGCGGGGAAAGUUGCUACAUGUGGUGAAUAUACGUAAGAAUUAAAUUCUAAUCUAAAAAAAUGAUCUAAAUGUAAAAUUAUUAAUAAUUAUUUUAUAGAAUUAAAGUUCAUGAAAUCGGAAAGUUACAAGAAACUACAGCUGUACUACAUAUUGAUGAAGGUUGUGUUUUUGAGCAUGUUACAUGGAGUGAAGAUGGACGAAUUUUAGCCGCUACUUCAUCAGAUGGGUGUGUUCAUCUUUAUUUAGAAGCUUUACCCAUGUUAUCAUCAACGUACAACAAUUGUGUUGCAUUUUUGACAUCUUUAAAUCAAGUUACUAUACAUUAUUGUCAUUCCGACAAAGUAGGUGUUCUGAUAAUGAUUAGAAGUUGUGAUCAUCAUAGUAUACAAUUUUAAAUUUUAGAAUCAGUCACCGGACAUGGUCACUAUAACUACGGAAAUGGAACCAAGUUUUUUAGGUAUUGGUUCCUAUCAUUUAGCAGUUGGCAUGAAUAAUAGGAUUUGGUAUUAUAAAAUUAACACAUCUGAUUUAUCUAAAUUAUCAACUUCAUUACUUGGCGAUCGUGAAUAUCUAGGCAGUGUAAAAAAUAUUUGCUUAAAUGGUGAAUUUAUAUCAGUGUUAUUUGAAGGUCGACUACAAAUACAUACAGUUAGUGUAUACAAUAUAAUAAUUUAUAAUACAAUAAUUAUGAAAAAUAUUAAAUUAUUUAAUAACUUAAUAUAUAAUAAUACUUGACUUAUAUCUUAUUUUUAUUUUUAAACAUAUUUUUAAUUUUUUAUCUAAACAAAAUCAUUGUUAAUACAAUUAGUACAUAUAUUAUAAUUUAGAUUGAUUCAAUUAUUUCAAAGGCUGUCAACGAUAGUGUAUCAAAAAUAUUUCCUACUGAUAAAGGAAAGAAUAUCAACAAUCAAUACUUGACUAAUGAUUUUCUCAUAUACAGUACCGAGGUAAAAGUUUAUUUACUUAUUUUACAAUCACUUAUUACUCAUAAAAUAUUUACUCAAAAUGUUUUUGUCAUGUUAGGCCAUAAGUAAAGACUUGCGGUAUAAUGUAUAUUUUCUUUCAUUAUAUAAUUGUAUAUAUAUAUUUGUUGGGUCUUUAAUGUAUGUAAAAAAAUAAAUUGGAAAUAUUAUGUAAUUCGAUAUUUAUAGAAUACCAAACAGUUAUGGGGGGAUUUGACUUUAUUAAUAGAACUAUAUUGCUUAAAGGUCUAUUUAUUAAUUUAUUAAACCUAAUAUUUAAAUUAAAAAUAUUUUAUUAAUUAAUUUACUAUAUAAUUUAAAUAGUUAUUAAUUUAUUUAGAAAUCUAUGUAACAUAUUAAUUUUUAAGUUGAAAAUAAAUAAGAAGAAUCAAGAUAUUUAUUAAAUUAUGAAUUGUGUUCUUAUUCUUAAUAUUAUUACAUAAGUACUAUGUAUACAUUAUAAUUUAUAAAUAAUUCUUACAGCUAGGUAAUAUUCAUUAUUUUCACUUAGAAGAUUGGAAUGAAGCUUUCGCUUAUAAGCAUCAUUGUGGUAUUGUUAAUUUAUUUCCUAAUCAAGAAGGAAUAAGAUGUAUAAUAGUUGAUGCAAAAAAUGAAGCAUAUUUAUAUAUUCCAGUAUGUUGUGCAUUAAAUACAUUUAGUUUAUAAUAUACAAUGUAUAUUUUUCUUAUUAUUUAUUUUAGGUUUCAGAGGAGAUAAUACUUAUCAAAGAUUUUCCAACUUCCGCUUGUUCAGUAUUUUGGGAUCUAUGGCCAUCUGAAAAACGUGUAUUUAUUGCAUGUAACGAAAAAUCAGCUCUGACAUUUGUAUAUAUCCGUGAUUCAAUUAACGGUACUAAAUAAUACCACAUGUAUAAUUUUACAUUAAUAACCUAUAUAUGUAUUUAACUCAGGGAGUGAAAUUAAUUUUAUUGGAUCUACAAAGUUACCUGAACGCCAAAUACCAUUAUUUUUGUCUCACGGUGAUUUGACCUUGGAGACUUCCACUGGAAAAUUAAAUACUAUAACAUUAUUAACACAUACAGCAUUAUUAAUGCGACCAGCAGCCACCACACUUAGUCAUCCAACAGAACGAUUAGAACAAGAUUUAGACAAACAAUUGGCCCUUUUAAGAAUUAAUGAUGCUUGGAAGACUUGUCAAUUGUUAAAUAAAAAAGAGUAUUGGGAAAAAUUGGGCUUGAGUUGUUUAAAUUAUUUUGAUAUAGAAACUGGUAUGUCAUAAUACAAUAUGGUACAUAUAUUAUUUUUUUAAUUGUUUAUACUAUUUGAUUAUUUUUCAUUUUAGCUCUUCAAGUGUAUACCAAUCUCGGCGAUGUUUCAAUGGUUUGGUCAUUAGAACUAAUUAAAGAUAUAGAAGACAAGAAAUUGUUUGCUGGCCAUUUAGCAAUGUAUUUGAAAGAAUUUGAUAAAGCUCAAGUAAUUUUUACAUUUAAUGAUAUUUUAUUAAUUUAUUUUGUUAAUGAAUUAAUUGGUUUAGAAAUUGUUUUUGGAAUCAUCAAACCCAAUUCAAGCAUUAGAAAUGAGACAAGAUUUAUUGCAAUGGGAUGUUGCUUUAGAUCUUGCCAAAAUUCUUGCUCCUGAACGAAUGCCUUACAUUUCUUGUAAAUAUGGUCAACAGCUAGAACUUAUGUGUGUAUUGAAACUUUUUAAUCAUAGUUGAGAAUGAGUUUCUUCUACUUUUUUUUUUUUUUAUUAGUGGUAAAGCUCACGAAGCAUUGUUACAAUAUGAACAAGGCCUUGAUUCAGAUACAGAUAUAGAUACUGAUCAUUUAAGAUAUUGUCGUGAAGGAAUAGCUAGAUGUUUGAUAAAAUGUGGCAAUGCAAAGAAAGGCAUAAAUAUAGCUUUAGAGAUAGGAUCGAAAAAAUUAUUAAAUGAAUGUGCUGAGUUACUAGAAAAUACAAAAGUAUAUAGAAAUUAUAUUUAUAUUAUUAUAGUAUUAAACCAUUGAAUUUUAUAUUUAGAAAUUAAGUGAUGCAGCUGAUUUAUAUACAAAGAUUGAAAAUUGGGAUCAAGCAGCUUCUUGUUAUAUUCGUUUAAAAAAUUGGUCUAAAGUUGGCGAAUAUACAACUUACAUUACAUCUUCAAAAAUUCAUGCUCAAUACGCCAAGGUAAAGUUAAAAUCUUAGAAUUUAACCAAACCAAAUCAUUAAAUUUAAUUGUUUUAAUUUACAAGGCUAUGGAAGCAAUGGGAAAUUUUAAGCAAGCAUUAUGUGGAUAUAAUGCAGCUCAUGACUAUGAAAAUGUUAUUAGAUUAGAUUUAGAUAAACUAGAUGAUCCUCAAGACGCUAUUAGAGUAGUUCAAGAACAUCGUAGUACUGAAGGUUCAAAAAUGAUUGCUAGGUAACUUUUUCGUCAUUUGAUAUCCAUGUAUUUUGAACAUUAUUUAAAUUAAUGUAAUUAAUAUAUUUAAAUAUUUUUCAGAUAUUUUCAAAAAAACAACGAAAUAUUAUUAGCAAUUCGAUUUUUGGCAAUGUCACAUUGUUUUACAGAUGCUUUCAGAUUAGCAUGCGAUCAUGAUCAUUUAGAAUUAUAUGGUGACGUUUUGUUAGAUGAAGAUGAGGAAGUUUCUAUUCCAGAGUUUGCCAGUCUUGCUAAGUAUUAUGAAACACAAAAUAGUCCAGCUCUAGCAGGAAAAUAUUAUUUUCAUGCCAAAAAUUACCAAAAGGUUAUCUUCUAAUAAUUUAACAUUUCUAAAAAAAUAGUUGUUAAAAUAGUGUUAAAAAUAUUACUUAUUAUGUUUUUAUAAUGUAGGCACUUAAAAAUUUACUUGAGGGUAGUAAAUCUAAUCCAAAAAAUGAUGAAAUCCUGUCACUAGCUAUUGAAGUAGUUGCUGCAGCAAAGAACAAUUCGAUUGAUGAUGAAUUUAUAAAAUUAUUGUUAGGUGAAGUUGAUGGCCAUACAAGGGUAUGAAUAAAUUGUAUAUAUAUAUCUUCUUUGGUUUUCAAAAACCAUUAUCACAACACGAACUUUCUUCCUGUUUCCCUAUCCUGUACAAAUGUUUAUACAUCCUGUAUUUCCAUUUCUGCUAAUUUCUUUUCAACUUAAUCUUUGGCAGCUGGUCUGAUAACUAUUUAGUAUAGUGUAACUUUCAUAUUAAGUGAUACUUGUUUUGACUUGAAUAUAUUUGUUAUUGCGUAGUAGCAUUUGUUCACUGCAGUUGUUCUUAUUUUGAGUUCUUCAUGACAAUUGGUAUUGCUAUUUAUUGUAACGCUCAAGUAUUUGAAAAGAAGUACUUUUUCAAAUUUAUAUUUUUUAUCUUCUAGGUGAUGAAAUUUUCGUCUGGAUAUUACCAUAUAUUUGGUAUUUGAUUUGUUUAUCUGCAGUCCGAUGUUUUUACUAUUUUUUAUUACCUCCUUGGUGCUCAUUUUUACUAGUUAACAAUCUGACCCUAAUGUGAUAAUAUCUGUGUACACAAGUAUUCCGCGUUAUCUUCCAGUAUUUAAAUUUAAUCCUCCAAACUUGUUCUGCUUUUUCCUAAUUACUGUUUCUAAUGCUAUAUUAGAGGGUACUAAAGAUAGGUUAUCUUCCUGUUGAAGUUCAGUUUUGACUUCAAACUCAUCAGAUAAAUGUUAAUUAAAUCUAACUUUACAACUACUGUUAUCUAUUUAUAAUUUAAUAAUUUUCACUGUUUUAGCUGGUAUCCCAAAAGUUUUAAGUACAUUUUAUAGCACUUCUCUAUUAACUGAUUCAUAUGCUAUAUAAACAUAUAUGUUUCUAUAACAUCAUAUGCAAGUCUGUUGAAUUCAUAGUGUUUUUGAACUAAUUAUUGAAGAGAACGUGCUACCUGCAUCUACUGUCUCAAUCCAAUUACUGGGUAACAUGUAAAAACAAUGCUUAUGCAGAAUAAAUAAAACUAGCUUAAUUUUGAUUUCUAUUGAAAAUUUAGUGUUUUCAAACCUAUUUUCAAUAUUUUAAAGCCACUAUAACUAAGAAGCUAUUAACCAGAUAUGAAUGUAUGAUACAUUUAAAUUGUCUGAAUAUAUUUUACAAAAUGGUUAUUUUGAACAUUUUAAAAAGUGGAAAAUAAAAAGUUAUUUUUUUUCAGUAAUUAAGGGAUGAAAAUAAAAAUUUAAUUUUCUCUAAAUAUUUGUAACCUUUGCGCAAAACAAGAUUGAAAAAAAAUGUUGACAGAAUUAUUAGCAUAAGAAUAACACUGCAGGAUACUCUAUACCCUGUAUAGUACUCUGUUUGUGGGUUAAGUAACUCUCUAAAUACUUUUCCAAAUUAUUUAACCCCCUUUUGUUUGCCUGUAAAGGAGCCUUAGGGUAGUCCUGUUCUUUUCAUUCUGCAUUAUUAUUUCCUUUUCUCAUAAUUAUUAUUUGUUGUAUAUAUAGUGUGAUUCUUUUAUGGUUAAAUACUUCUUUUUUUCCUAAAGAAAAAUCUUUUGACAAUUUAAGAACUAAGCAGAUCUUAAAUGUUAUGUUACCAUUAUUUUUGGGGAUGAAACGACUACCUAAUUUUGAUUUAACACUGGGUUUUUGUCACUUUCUUAAAAAGUGUCGUAAAAGUAGACAUAUAUGUAAAUCUCUUAAAUAAGUCAGAAGUGAUCAUCUCUCAAUUACCCUCUUUGCCAUGCUAUUGGUGUGAUAUAACAUUUUAGAUCUGCUUGUUUUUUAACAAUUGUCAAAAGAUUUUUUUUUUUAAAAAAAAUAUACCUACUUUGCAAAAUAAUAAAUGUUCCACCAUAAAAGCAUAAACCUUAUAUUCAUAUGUUUUUAGAAAAUUACUUAUCAAAUUGUUUUAAUGUUUUUAUUUACAUAAAGUAAUCUAAAUUAAAAAAACAUUAAUUCAUAGAUGUAUAAUAAUAAAAUGAAUCAAUUGCAGAAUCCAAAAUUUUUAUUUAGACUGCACAUGGCAAGAAGUCGAUACCGAGAAGCUGCUAAAGUUGCUAUUAUCUUAGCAAAUAAUGAACAGGUCAAAGGUAAAAACUAUUUUAACCUAAGAGUUAAGACUUAAGGUAAUAAUUUAUAAAUGUUACCGGAAAUAUUAAUAAUGCAGGUAUAAUAUCUAGGUAGAUAUUUAAUAUUUAUUAAUUAUUAUUACUUAUUCAACAUAUAAUUGAUAAGUGGUAUUUUGAAUGACACAGUAAAGUUUUUUUAGCAAAUACAUUUAUUAUUUUGGCACUUGACUUACAAAAGCAUUUAAAAAAUAAUUUUCUCGUUCCUGUAGAUUGUUCCUUCACAACAGUUUGUAAUGUCAAAUCUGUGUUCAGGAAUCAUUGUUAACAUUGAAAUUUCUUGUGUUUUUUUGUGUUUGUUCUGUAGUUAAUUCUAUCAAUUCUUCUUCACUGUUUAUAGUAUUUAUUACUUUAUACAAUCAAUUUCCAAAAAAUGCAAAAACGUCUCUAUAUAAUGAUCAUUACAUGUUGUAUUUUAUAUUUAUUAAUUAUUACCAAGUUUCUUGAUCAUCAAUCUCGAAUCACUAUUGAAAUGUGCCUGGUUUGCAAUACAUCAUACAACUUUCUGUCAGGUACUUAAUACAACACUACAUAGUUUUUUUUCCUUGUACGUUCAAUACAUCAUACCUAUAACAGUAAAAAUAAAUAGGUAAAUUAAAACUAAUACAAUAUUAAAACCUUUUUUUUAAUAAAUACUUCCUGACUGUACUAAAAUCUUUUAGCUCCUUUUCUUUAGAUGUUUUAAUUUUCAAAAUUGUUUCUAUUAAUUCAUCAUACUGUUCAUUAAAUAAAAAACUAAUAUUAUUAGCUAAAUUUGAAUGGUAUUCAUAUAGUUUAUUAUACAAUUUUGACUAAUUAUCCACUAUAAAAAAUUAUAUAGUACCGUUAUAUAAAAAGAAAAAAUGGAAUAAACAUGGAGUUACCCUCUUGCAUGAAGUCACAUGGAAGUGUAUAUAUUUAGUCAACAAAAUCCCAUUAAGGUUUAAAUGAUAAUGCUUUUAUUAUAAUGAUUUUCAAUAAACACAAUCUCAUAGAUAUGACAAAAUCCGAUUAUAUUAGUUGUUUUUAAAUACAUAUGUGAAUAUUCUAGAGCUAUGAUAUACAUAAACCGAUUCGAAGGCCCAUAUUAUGCGGUAUUUUUUACCUUGUUAAUAUAAAUUUGUAUUGGGACUAGACCAUUUUGCCUACAUUACAUGGAUGCUCAUAUUACUCAGUGCCACAUUAGGCGGAAUCCUCUGUAUUUGAAUUCUGAUAUUUGGAAUUUUUAAAUGUAGUUAAAGCUGAUAUUUUCGAAUACUUAGAUUUAUCACAAUAUUUAAGAAGUAUUCUAUAACGAUACAACUUUGGUUUUUCAGAUGAGAAUGAACUCAUAGUAAAAAUUCCAUGAAUAAAUGGAAAAUUUGUUAAAUUAGAAAUUAAAAAUUAAAAAAUUACAAAUUUAAGUGUUAACAUUUUUGAUGUCAACCCGUUAACGAGAUAUUCCACUUUUAAGUUUAGCUAGAGGGGAAGCAGUAGAGCAUUAAUAAAAUGCCGCAUGUCGUGUCACCAUAUAAAUGAUACUCCACUAUUCUCCCUCUACCUAUACUUAAAAGUGAAAUAUCUAUUGAUACUUCUUAAAUGUUGUGAUAAAUCUAAGUAUUUCAAAAAUAUUAGCUUUAACUACAAUUCAAAAUUACAAAAAUAUUUGAAUAUAUGCUAAAUUUAACCAAAAAAUGGAGUGAGCACACCUAAUGAAUUAUCCUGCAUAUUAUUUAACUGAACAUUUUUAACGUAUUAUAAAAAGUUAAAUUAAUAAUAAAUAAUAUAAUAUAGGUAACUACAGGCAAGCGCAUGAUGUACUGUAUAAUACUAUAUGUGAAUUGCGUAAUAAUCAUUUAAAAGUGAGCAAUGAGAUGACUGCUAAUUUAGCACUACUUCAUUCGUACAUAUUAGUACGAGUAUACGUUCGUUUGGACGACCAUAACAAAGCGGCUCUAUUAUUGAUUAGAGUUUCUGAAAAUAUUGAUAGAUUUCCUUCACGUAUGUAUAUUUAUUAUUAUCUAUAAAUACAUGAUUAUGCAAUACAUUAAUGUAUCAUUUUUAUGUUUUUUAUAGAUGCUGUACAAAUUUUAACAUCAACUGUCAUUGAAUGUUACCGUUCAAACAUGAAGGAAAGUGCCUUUAAAUUUGCCACUAUUCUUAUGAAAUCUGAUUACAGACACCAGGUUAAUGUUUAACUAUUUAAUUAUCCUUAAAAACAAAGUCUAUUCUUCUUUUAACAACUUUACUUUUACAGUUUUUGUGAUAUACUAUUUAUAUGGUUUUCAUCUUUGGAUGAUCUUUUAAAAAAUAAAGUUACGCUUUUUGUAUUAGAUUGAUGAAAAAUAUCGAAAAAAAAUUGAAAGUGUUAUUAGAAAGUCUCCAAGGGUUGGUUCCCAAUCAGAUGAUAUUAUAUCCAGGACAGAGCCAUGUCCUUAUUGUGGACUUGAUUUACCCAUGACAAGUCUUAUGUGCACUAGUUGCAAAAGUACAAUACCUUUUUGUAUAGCAUCUGUAAGUAUAUUGUUUAUUAAAGGGAUUGGAUAACAAUAUAAUUAUUUAGACCAAUUUCCCUUCUAUCAGUGUGAUAAAUAUAAACAUAUUAUGAUUGAUUUAGUGAAGUGAAGUAUUAUGAAUUUAUAUUUUAAUUCAGUGUGGAGUAUAAAUGAGAUUAGUCAGACCACUUAUUUCAAAUUUCAGUCCUUUAUUUACAAAAUGUAAAAAUUAUAUAAAAAUCAUAUGUAUUUAUCAUAUAUAAAUUUAAAACAAGUGACUUGACCUAUUUCAUAUUAACUUAAAACUGAAUUCAAAUCUAUUUUCAUAAUUUAUGUUCCUUCACUAAGUUAAUUAAAUUGAUUGAAAUAAAAUUGGUAUUAUGCUUCUUAAUAUAUUAUGUAUGUUAUAUAUGUAUGUUAUAUAUGUAUGUUAUAUAUGUAUGUUAUAUAUGUAUGUUAGACCAUAACAUGUUCUUAACAUUUUUCAGUUCAACACCCUUUCCUUAAAAUUUUUGACUACUAAAAUCAAAAUAAUUUCUCUCAAUGAAUUUAUAAAUUUGUUUUCAAUAUCAUUGAAUAUUUCAUAAAUUCUUUAGUAGACAGUUGCUCAAAGAAACCAGCUUCAUAAUCUUAUUUCUAGAACCAUCUCCUUGCGUAGUAUAUUUGUAUAUAUUUAAGUGUCAGAUAUUUCUUUUAAAUAAGAGUUUUGUUGAUUGAAUGAUACUCAACUUGUUUUACAAUUCAUAAAGACACCUUGUAAGAACCUAUAAGUCCUAAGAUCAGAUGAUAUAAGAAAUUUAAUCAAUCACACUCUGCUAGGUGUGUAACACUAGGCUUUUAUGGCUAUAAAAAUUAAUGUAUUAAUAAAAAUAUUUUAGAUUUAUUCCCUACACCUAAAACACAAUUACAACUACAGUAGACUCUGUUUAUUAUGAUGCCGUAAAUAACAAUAUUCCAGAUAAAAAGAUUCCCAGCCAUGUACUUAAUUGGUUUUAUAUCUAACAUACAGUAAUUUUGGUCAGAUAUAACAAUAUCGGUUAAACGGUAAUUCAGAUAUAUCAAUGGUAUUUUUAAAUUAAAAUUUUUUUUUUUUCAUUCGGCUAUAACAAUAAAUCGGAUUAUGUCCAUAUCAAUACGCUGGAAGUAACAAUGACAUUACAAAAUAUUGCUAAUUAUAUUAAACAAUCAUACUGUUCCUGUUAUAGACAAAGUACUUUAACUGAUUAUUUUUCAAAAAAUUGUAAACAAUAAUUAGGUUAACAUAAUACUAUCCACAAUACAAGUACAUAUUUAGAUUCCGAGUGUAGCAAGGGAGCUAUUGGUUUUACUAAGAUAUUUAUUUUUCUUUCGUCUGUGAACUCGUUUUUUUCCCAGUUAACUUGCUCCAAUUUUUACAUGUGGCAACUUUUCUAAAAGCCCAAGUUGUCUACAUUGUACAUUAAAAUUAUCAUUUUUUGAUUUUCGAAGCCAUUUUUUAAAUAAAAGCACUUGUGGGGAAAAACUUGCCAGGAAAACGUACUUUUUUUUAUUUAAUAAGCCUUUUGGAAUAAAUUUUAAAUGAAAAUCGCAAAAAAAAAAUUAUGGCACUUCAAAUUAUGUAUUACCUAACUGCACUCGUAAUUGUCUUUCGUUAAACAAUGCUUUAUCAUUGCUUACAAAUAUAAAUGAAAUAAUCAUAUAUAUCCUACCUUCCCAACUUCUCAUCUACAACAGUUGCUUCUCCCAUUCCCAGUAUCAGCUCUUUUAUUCAUAAGAUUAUAAUAUGGUUUAUAUAAUAAUACAUUUUCAAUACAAGAAUGUGUUUAAUAAAUCAAUAUUUUUCAAUAAAAUUAAGGUUUUUUUUUGUCAUCCGGAUAUAAUGAUCUGAUUCUCUAGGUCCCUUGAAGACCUUUACUAGUAAAUUCUACUGUAUUUUGAUUUCACGUGUGACAAUAAUAAAGUAUUAAAAUACCCUUUUUGAGACUGUAUCGUCCCUGUAUUAAAACCAUUGUGUUAGCCAAGGAAGAAAAUAUCUAUAUUCAAUCUCCUUAAAUAUAAAAACAGUUUCUCUUACACUAUUGUUCUUUUUAGGGAUGGCAUAUUACUAAAGAAAAUCUUACGUUUUGUCCAAAUUGUCAAUUUCCAGCAUUGUAUAACGAAUUUGCAGGGUAAACCUAUUAUUACUAUAUAACUAUAAAAUCAAAGAAUAAACUUUUGUAAUACAUGUAUUGUGUUUAUAUUUAGGUUGUUGGAGUCUGGGGAAAACUGUCCAAUGUGUUCAAAUCCUGUAAAGGCAGAUUAUCUACAAAUCGUCGAAGACCCAAAACCUUUUUUAUUUACUGAAGGAUACAAUUGAAUAAUUAUUUAUUUUUACAUGCACCGAAGGCAUAAUAUAAAAUCCGUCCAAUUUAAAUUAAAUAGAUCUCUAUUACACUUUAUUAAAAAGAAAAUUAUCUUUUAACACUUUAUAUUGUAAUUUGAAACACUUAAAAAAUGUAUAAAAAAAAAUAUAUAUUAAAUAAUAAUGGUAAUAUAAGGUUUUUAUCUUCAAUUAUUUGAAACUAAAAUUUUGAAAAACAAAUUGACGGAGACAGCAGUAAUAUGUAUUGUUAAACAAGAAUACUCAUAAUAAUAAAUAGUUUAAAGUCUUUCUUUAUUUCUUGCAGUACAUUUAAAUACAAAAUUUAUAUUAUAAUAAAAUAAUAUAUAUUCACUCUCAAAAUUAAGCUUAAAAUUGUAUAUUCAAAAUAUUUGAAAUGACAGAUUUCAAAGAAAAAGAACAAAACUCUUAAUAAGUAACUUAAUAUAAAUAAAAUAAAACAAUAUUUUUUAAUCAUAAUAUUUAUGUAUACACUGAAUCUAAUAAAAAGCACAACUAAAAACUAAACGAUUGGAUAUUACCACUCAUUUAUAUAUACAUAUAUAUAUAUAUAUAUCUAUAAAUUAAUUAUAAAUCACAAGGCCCACAUUUAUAAUACAUAAUUUUGUAUAUUUAAAAUUAAUAAUAAUCUUACAAAAAAUAUCGAAAACUUUAAAAUAUAAACAUUAAAGGAAAUAUAAAAAUAUAUAUUUAAAAAAAAAAAAAAUGUUUAAAUAAAUAUGUAAGACUAAUUUAGCCUUAAGUAUUAUUGACUGGAUUUACUUUUUUUUCAGCGUGUAAAUAAAACAACCAAUAAUACUAAGAGCUGUUUUUCUUUAUAUAUACAUUUGUAUUUAUUUUAUUUUUGUAGACCUUAAAAAAUUGUUUGUUAACUUAAAAAUAAAAUAAAUUUUUAAAAAAUAAAGGAGUCAGUUAAAGUUGCUCAAAAUCUUCAGAUAAGUUAAUAAUUUUGCAGCAAAUGUGUAAUAACUACAAUUUUUAAUAGUUUCAAUUCAAACAUUUUCAAAAUCAAAUUAAAAUAAAUUGUAUAUAUUGGUAAAUUGGUAUAUAUUGUACAUUGGUUACUCUAAUAUUGUAGAUACAACUGUAUUAUAUAUUUAGAAUGAUUAUAAUAAAUUACAUGACUAAUAUAUUUACUAUUUAUCAAAUAAAUAUUAGAGCAUGAACUAUCAGUGAAUAACUGUUCAAACAGUUUUAUAAAUGUUUAGACUUUAAAUUAAAAAAAUUAAAGGUAUAAGGUGAAAAAUAACAAAAUAACUUUUUUUUUUUUCAAUCACAUGAAUAGAUUUUAGAAUAAGUAAUUUUGAUUAUACACAAAAAUGUAUUUUUUUUAUCAUAGAAAUACGAUCCAAAAACUAUCAGCACACACCCUGUUAUUAUUAUAGGUACAAUUUCCAUUGUAAAAUAAAUAAUAAGAAUAUGGGCAAAAUAAUCAGAUUUUUAUAAAAAAAAAUAAAAAUAGAUUAUGGAAGACCUCCUGUAGACUCUCAGUAGUCUUAGUCGAAGAUAUAUAUAUAUACGUAACAGUUAUGACGCAAUUGUAAACUUAAAUUUACAAAAAAAAAUUUAAUUAAAAAUACAAUACUGAUGAAAAACAUUGCAAUAACUGCUUAAGAAUACAAAAUACUUAAAAAAAAAAAAAACUUAUAUUUACUGAAUGAAAAAAUAAUGUAUUAUUUCUGUAAAUAAGUUAUCAAUAAAAUAACUUAGUAUUAAAUAAUUAUUUGACUUUGAAAUGAUAUAUUUAUGCUUUUGUAUACAAACAAUAAUAAUAAUCAUUUCACAAUGUAGAUUUGUAAGUCAUCAACUGACAUGAAAUCUUAUUAUUCUAAAGUAAAUAUGUAAAUUAACUAUGGUAUAUUUAAUAAAUAAAUAAAUUGAAAUAUUCGGAGAAUGAAAAUAUUAUUUACAAACACGAGUUUGAGAUGUGGCUUGACCCCGGGAUAGUGUAUACAAGUAAUUUGAAAAACUAUCUCUAACAAAUUGCGGAUCGCUAUCGAAAUUAUUGAUAUGCGGUAUGACCGUAGUGUUUGGACCCCAAACAAUUGGUGCCAUGUCAGCUUUAAUGACAGCUUCCAUGUUGCUAUCUAUGUAAUAAGCGCUCUCACGCUUAAAAAAGUUAUGAAGAUAACAGCAAGCCUUUACGAUAGUCUUGACCUUUUUUGCUUCCAAAUUGACAGGCGUCUGUAAUACGCCAAACCUCCAUGCCAUUAUGGCAAGAGUUUUGGCAGCUCUUUGGUUGGCCCGAACUAAUUGUCGAUUGAACAACUUAUUAGCUUCUCCACCUUUGUCAUUUAUAGUUCUGUAGGGCACCAUAAAGUUUUCCUGUAGUUUGAAGCAUUCGUCAGCCACGAACACAUAAGGUAACUGAUUUGAAUUCGGGUGGCACGGUAUCUUGGUCGAGCAUAAUUUCCGUUCCAAAAUCAUAUUGGGUGGGUUGUCUUCAGAAAGGUGACCACUGGGGCACGUGUCCACCAAAAGGAACUCAUAGUUGGCGUCCACUACGGCCGAUAACAGUACACUCGGUCGUCGGCGUUCGUUCAGAUAAUCCGAGUCCGCUUUGGAUGCCUUGCGGAGUUCUAUAUGACGUGCACACGCAGCGCCUAAGCACGCAGGGAAUCGGGUGGUCCGUUCGAAAGUCGCCGACACUCGCAUCCAUUCUUCUUCCGUCUGCGGACACUGAAAAUGAAAAUGUCUCAUUUAAUUGAUUGGCUCAUAACAUAGAGAUUAAAUAUUUUAAUUUAAACGCAGGCUUGUAAUAAACUCGUAAACAUUGUUG